CCUGGAAGCUGGGUUUUUACGUUGCUUAGCAACGUCGAGUCCACCAGAAGUUAGCUUUCAAAGCUGCUGGCGGUUGUCGGCUUUCUUAGCUGCGUGUUGUACCCCGGUUUGGGGACAGCUAUCCCUGCCUCAGGGAUCCGCCUGUUUCUCCCACCCACCAGCCUCCGCCCAGCCCACUGCCCAUCCAGUUCAGCACGGCAGAGCAACCGGACACGUCUCAGAAAGCUCCUCUCUUUACCCAAGAGGGCCGCGGGAGUUAUUUGUCCGUCCAUCUGGCGGUCUGCUGUAGCGGAGAGCGGCAGGGAGUACCGCGGGGUUCAGGGACGCGGUGGACCGAGCGACGACUCCCCGCUGGAAGACGGCGAAACGACGAAAAAACACUUAAAGAAGCUAAACGUGACCUCCAGUCAUGAGUCCCCGCUGCAGAGUGAACUUCAACACUAUGAUUUUCCUGGUCGUCCUGCAGGGGGCAGCAGUUGUGCUCUUCUGCAACUGGUACUAUCAGCUGAGCCCCUGCGACUCCCCUCCCCGAAAAGGCAAAGUUCAUGUUUUGCUGCUGUCGUCGUGGCGAUCAGGUUCAUCCUUCCUGGGUCAGGUUUUCAGUCAGCACCCGUCUGUUUUCUACCUCAUGGAGCCCGGGUGGCAUGUUUGGACCAAAAUAAAGAAACCUGGUGCACGAGUUCUCCGAAUGGCUGUGAGGGAUGUAAUGCGGAGCUUGUACCAGUGUGACUUCUCAGUGAUGGAUUCGUACAUGCCUGAGAACUACAAUAUGUCCACCUUGUUUAUGUUUCACCACAGUCGGGCACUGUGCUCACCUCCUGCAUGCUCCCUCACACCGCGCAGUGACAUGAGCAAUGAGACUCUUUGCCAUAAGAAAUGUGAUUCUCAAGGUUUGGAGAAGGUGGAGGAGGCCUGCCACACUUACAGCCAUGUGGUACUGAAAGAAACUCGUUUUUUUGAGCUGGAGUCCCUUUAUCCCCUUUUUCAAGACCCAAACCUGGACCUCCGUAUCGUUCACCUCGUUCGAGACCCGCGGGCCGUGAUACGGUCGAGAGAGGAAUCGGCCAAAUCUUUUGACGUGGACAACGCCAUCGUCUUGGAGCAAAGAAACGUACCAGCAGCCAGUAUCCAGUACGAAGUGAUGCAAGAGAUCUGCAGAAGCCACGUACGCAUCAAUGAAAGAGCAAUCUUGAAGCCACCUCCAUUUCUGAAAGGGCGCUACAAAAUGAUUCGGUAUGAAGACGUGGCACGCAACCCGCUGAAAGAGAUUAAUGAUAUUUAUGACUUUGUCGGUUUAGAGAUGACCAAUCAAAUGGAGGAAUGGAUCUACAAGGUGACCCAUGGAAAAGGGAAAGGCAGCAAGAAAGAGGCUUUCCAGAUCACCUCUAGGAAUGCCAAUGAGGUGUCGCAGGCGUGGCGCAACGUGCUGCAACACAGCAAGGUCAAACGCAUUCAGGAUCUGUGCAAAGGGGCCAUGUCGCUGCUUGGCUACCGCACAGUUGACAGCGAAAAAGAGCAGAAGAGACUCGACAUAGAUCUGCUGGUUCCACGUGAGCCUUACGAGUUCAGCUGGGUUUCAGCUAAAUCUCAGCGCACAGGGAGCAGCUAGGAUGGUCUCCCUGUUGCUGUUAAAGCAAGGCUUUGUGAGACACAGACGCCUCAAACUGCCUGUUUUCAAGAUUUGAAGAGAAAUUACAGCUAUUUUGCGUGACAUUAUAGCAUGUGAAAGUGGGGUAGAAGAUUCAGCAGAGAGCUCAACAGAAUUUACUGACAUGCAGCCUUGUUCCUAAAAGCCUCUAUGAUAGAUGGCUAGCUAUACAGGGUUUACAUUCCAUUGCAUUUCACAGGACGUCACUCACAAACAACCUUAAGAAUUACAAUUGAGCUUGAAGACAAACUAAUGGCACUUGUUCUCAGUGCUUUCCAUUUCUUUCUAACCUUUGUAUUUAUAUAUUAUUUAAAUGAUCAUGUAAACCUUAGCAAAAUGGGCUACAUACACCCUAUGCUAAAUAGCAUACAGAGUUUAUCUUAUUAUUCUUGGGCCCGGCGAUUCCUGGAGUCUCUCUACUGCUUUGGGGGAGAAACUUAACAGGAUUUAUGGAAACUUGAUUCUUACAAUAACCAGGGGUUUCACCAGAUAAAUCUGACUUACCUAAAUUUGUAUACAUUGGAAUGGUAUGCGCUCAUCCAGUCUCACAUGUAAUUUAGUGUAAAUCAAUGUGUUCUUUGACCAGUCCUGAGCAGGAACACAUUUAUGAGGGCACGUGUAUAUUGUCUGAGAACGCCAAGCUUCUUAUGGCUUUUUAUUCCUGAGAAACUUGAACAGAGCACAGCUCAUUGUAGUGUACUGAUUUGGAGACGAGAAGAUGAGAUCGUUUUAGGACAAACUUUGACUUUUUCUUUUUUAUAAAGGAAUCAAAAAUAUUUUUCCUCAAAGAUGGGAUCAACAUAAGAAAAGCAACUCAGUUUUAGAAACUUUGGGUUGCAGUAAUAAAUGUGUACAAGUGCCUGAUUUAUUUCUUUUUCUGUGAAUUUAAAAAGAACAGACAGCCCCAUGGACCUUACCAGAGGGGCCGCUUUUCAUUGGCUGAUGUCCAUUCUACGUGGUCACGUGGGUGACCGUCUCACAAACACACGCUUCCCGUUAGCCAAGUACAGCAUAAUGGCAGUACUGAUACAACUUCUACACCUUGAAGCCUGUCUGCUACACGGUCUUACGUUAACUAAACAGAUCAAUAUGCAAUGUGUACUGUAUCUGACAUACACUAAAGAUUUUAUUUUAGCAGAAAAGGCUUUGGACUAAACUGUUACUCGUGUUAGCCACUCUAGCACCAAGUAUCGUGUAUCAGGCUAGCCACACUCCAACAUUUGCCAACAAACCACAGGAACCACCCACUGAUUUCAAAAGUAGCCUACAAAAGGAGGAAUGCCCGACUUACCCAGCCUUAAAAGAACAACAGGCAUCAGUGAUCUUGUCCACAGCUAUAUUGAUGUAAAGGGUGUGUGGAUCUCUCGUUUUCCUCAUCGAAUGAAAGCAUUUUGGUGUGACGUGCACAAUGUUGGAGGCAUCACGUGGCUCAAACACCGUGAUCUCCUCCAAAAAAGAUGACAUGAACUUGUUAGUUCCUCUGUCCAUUGUAGUAGCUGGUAUAUUGUGAAAAUCCGGUAGAAAUGAUGCACUAAUCGAGUCAGAAAUACACUGCAGAGAAUCAGUCGAAGUGGAAGACGCCAUGUUGACAUAGAAAAAGCGUGCCGCAAGGCUUUGUUUGCCAGACUUGCGGCCACCUGAGAUUUUCUAGGUCGGUUGUGGGCGGAGCUUGGUAAGGUCCAUUUUGAUGUCACUUAAUUUUACUCUACUGUGAUUCACAUGUUUAGCUUUUAUAAGAACUCCUGAUUUUUCUGACCCCUGUUUUUUUAUUUUUAUUUAUUUGUGUUUUGAAUAAUAGUUUCUGUUGCAUCUACUUUUUUCCAUCAUUUUAGUUUCAUGGUUCUUUGUAGCUACAAAUGUUUUGACUCCAAUUUUUUCUCAUAGGAAACAAAUUAAUUAUAUUAAUUUAUAAUUGCUUUAUAAAUUAAUGUUUUUGAGACACUAACUCCUAGGUUUCUGAUCGGUUUGUUGAAGCUGUUUAAUGGUCAUACUGAGUGAUUAUAUGUCAAUUUCUUGUUUUUUUGCCUCCUUUGAGAUUUGUGCAGUUUCAUUUCUUAAUAUUUUGUCAGCUUUUCUUUCAUCUUGAUGAAUUUCUUAAAUUAAAAUGUUUCCAGUGCCUUCUCUGACCCAGGGGCUCCUCCGUCUGGUACCGAUACAACAUGCAUGUUGUUGGGAAAUAUUUAUGGAAUUAGUGCCUUAAUGUAUGUUGAUUAAAAUCUACUAAAA